UCCUACUCUUCCACAGAACGCUGAAGGCGGAAGUCAUGAAGCGUUCGAGUUCGACCCGAGAACCGGCGCGAAAGCUCAACGGCGAAAACUUCAUAACAAAGGUAAUUUCGCCGGCGAUUUGUGGAGAAACCUGCCCAAUUUGCCUCAGAGAAUUGGAGGAUCGUACCGCCGCCGUGCUUACAACGUGUAUCCAUGCCUAUUGCAUAAGCUGUAUUCGCAAAUGGAGCAAUUUGAAGCGAACUUGCCCUCUUUGUAACGCUCAAUUCGAUUCAUGGUUUACCAAAAUCAACCUCUCAUCGCAAAGCUUCCGCAAAGAACGGUUGACAACCUCGAAUUGUUCCGAUAAGCUCAAGGUUGGAGUUGGAUCUUCCCAGAUAGACGCUCGCGGGAUUCUUCAGAGCACGAGGUAUGAAUUAAAUAGAGAAAGACGGUCGGAAAGAUCACUUACAUGGCGGCGAUCGUUUGGACGGCGAGGGCCGGAUUCUUUGCCUGCUGAUGUUGUUGUCCGGCGAAAACGUCAGUGGCGAGCUAGCAUAUACAACCGAUGUAUACAAGCUGUUCCAUCUUCGGUCAGAUCAUGUUUAGAACUGAACGUAUUAGGAAGUCGUGGAGGCAAAGAAGUGAUUCUAGAGAGGAUUAAACCAUGGAUUCAAAGAGAGUUACAGGUCAUCCUCGAGGACCCUGAUCCAACUAUAAUUGUUCAUCUGGUUAUCUCACUAUUUGUGGCGAGAAUUGAAGCUACUUCCUCACAGCUUAAUGCGGAAGAUGACUUUCUUUCACCUUUGCGUCCCUUCCUCUUUGAAAAGACUGAUUUAUUUUGGCAUGAGCUAAGAUGUUUUGCAGGAAGUCCAUUGCGGAUGGAAGAGUAUGACUCAGUGGUUGAAUAUAGAACAGUGGGUUAAUUGAAGAGAAGAAUCUGUUUGAAGAAAAUAUGUUGUACUCGUUACUUCUCCCUUGUUGGUUGCUGGUUAUUCUUUAAAUGAAAAUUGACAUUAAUAUUAAGGAAAGAUUUAGCUAGAAAGGGAGGAGAGUUGUGGCUUGGAUUCAAGUUCCUUCUUACCCCUGAAUGAAAGAACCAUUAUAUGAGACUAAGAAAUCUCUGUGCUGCCAAGGAUUUUAAAGAGAUAUGCAGUUUGGAUAUGCUAGUUUGAUCCAACCCAUGAGUCGCUUCACGUUGAUAACUAAGUAGCAUCUUCCUUCGAUUUGAAGAUCAUCUCAAGAAGAGAAAACUCUGUACGGGGAAAUAUUAUGUAUUGGUUUCACUUCGUCCAUGGAAAGGUAUUCCUAACAACAAAUUGAUUAGAGUUGUUGCUCGAUGAGGUCGGUGUUAUUGCUCUCUCAGGGUCAUCUUUUUCGAGCAUGAACUUGAAGAAAGAAACAUGAAGACAGAGUUUCGGACCCACAUAAGGUUCUGAAGAUGGUCUCUGGUUUGAAGGUAGCAAUACGAUGGAUCAUUACGGUGGAAGUUGAACACAGUUUGAAGGAUUGGAAAUGGGAUCUUCGUAGAAUAUUAAGCAAUCUUCCUUGUGUGGCACUUAGAGAGCAUGUUGUAACGAGCGGAAAAGACAAAUGUAUGUAGAUGCAUGUAGUAAGAACCAAGAACUUACUCCCACCCCAAACUUCUACGAAAAACAUGUUGUAAUAACUUUCUUGAAUUAUUAGAUGAAAAAAACGACAGCAUUUAAAUAAUUAGAAUGUUAUUUGAUUAUUUCAUGCA